AAUCGUUUCAGCGUGUUGUCUUCCUUGUUCUUCUAAACAUAUAUUGGCAAAAUGAAAGGAGAGAAAUCCCAGUCAAACUCGUCAUUAAGCACCGAGAAGAGAGUCAACGUUAGCCGCCCGGUGGUCGCCAAGCUUAUAGGAUUUUCUUUUGCCAUGUUCAUCUUGCCCAUCGCUACCUACUUUCUGACAUUAGACGGCCUAUUCGCCGGCAACAAUACCUACGCAGCAGGAUCGGCAGCUCUGGUUGCUAACCUGGUAGUCGUCGCAUACAUCAUUGCCGCGGUCAUGGAAGACAACCAGGACGCUAAAACUGUCAAGAAAGAAUAAAAGCAAGAUGUGUCAUUUCCCGCGCUGAACCAAACGCAUAUCAAGCCCAUUCAUCAUUUUCUACUGUAUUGCUUGGUUUGUUCUCUGCUUUACCCCAACGAUCAGGCGUCUUCUUCGCAUGGCCAGUUUUUUUUUGACCGAUUAUGGUAUUCUGCAUACGAGGAAUGGGCGAAAAAAAAACCUUACCUAUCAUUGUUAUAUAUACAGGCCCCACAUUGCUUACGAUAUUCCCGUUCCAUCAAUAAAGAAAAACAUUCAGGUAUCACAAAUUUUCGUGCCAUGUACGACAAGGGCAAAAA